CGUUCGUCUUUAAAGGUGCCGCAAGCACCUUGUGCGUUCUGGAAAUAAAUUGUGUUUGUGAAAAAGGCCGUAAUAGUCGCAGAGUCAACGCGUAGAAUUCACAUUUAAUAAACAAAAAAUUAAUUAAAAAAGUUUGAAAGUUUUAUGCAAAUAAUUUUAAAGUAAUAAAGUAGAAAAAUGCCGUUAACAAUGGCUUUUGGCAGAUCCUGUCUGCAAUGGACCGUGAUCGUGUUCAACACGCUGAGUUUGAUAAUUGGCAUACUCUCAGUGGUUGCCUGCAUAUAUGAAUUGGAGAAAUUCACAGAAGGCUCAGCUGAGCAUAGAGAGAAACUUGUACAGCUGGCUUCCGUCAGUUUAUUGGUACUCUCCUCAUUUGUGGGCUGCUUGGGCGCUAUUAAUGGAUCCGUUAGGAUACUCUGUUGUUAUGUCACAAUGCUAAUAGCCAUGAUAGCUUCGCAUAUAUGGAAGUUAUACCGUUAUAAUGAGACCAAACAAAUGGCUGCAACAGAGAAAAUGCUAACCGCAGCUUGGAUGUCGGAGCUGGUGAAGAAAGGCGCUAUGGAUCCCAUACAGGAGACGUAUGAAUGCUGUGGCGUUUCGAGUAGUUUGGAUUAUGUGAAUCUCAAUGUGAAAAUACCGCUCACUUGCUAUCGUUCUCAGAGCGGCUUGCGCAGCAUUUAUCCAUAUGGUGAAGGCUGUUUGGUGGCGCUAAAGCGUGCUUAUAUGAAUAUUUAUCGCUAUGAGCGUUUGGGUCAUUCGCUGCUUAUUGGCUUUGAGGGUAUCGGCAUAUUGAUAUCUCUCUUGCUUAUCUGCAAGUUGCUGACAAAGUCACGUAGAUAUAGUUACUAGCAUUCUUCUUUUUAUAUAUAAGUAGUUGUGUAAGAUAAAGUAACCAGAAAAAAAUAUUUAUAUUAUAAUGUUCAUAAUUAAUAAUUAUUUAUAAAAUUUUACAGUAAAAAACUCUUGAAAUAGUUUGACUUAUAUAAAGUCUGUUGUAAAUUGGACCAUUGAAAAGCCUUUGGCUUAAC